CGCUGCUGUCUUGUCUUAUCUUUUUUGAGGACUGGGAGACGUGCCUGGGUUCUCAAUCUCGCGCUGACAUUGCGCAUGCGUGAUCCGGCCGCGGCGCUGAGAUGCAGCUGUGGGAUGCGGAGAGGGGAGUCCCGACACUGGGCGAUCGAUGUUAACCUCUUUCUGGUGCCGAGCAAACGCAGCGGGUGGGCUGUUCCCUGGAGACCGCCUUGAGGAGGGAGGAGAGAGAGCGAGGGGGAGAAAAGAGGAGGCGCUCGUUACAACAGUCACCAACCUGUGGAUGGUGGCGGCGCGUGCUGCGGAUUAGAGACUGUCUCGCGCUGGGGUCAGUGCGCGCGAGCCCGUCUCGAGGCACGACGGUAGCCGCCAGGACAGCGACCACUAAGUGCCAGACAUGCGCUGCUUGUGAAGAAGAGCUCUGGCUGUAUGAAUGGCCUCGCUAUGGACGAAGUUCCGUUUCCCAGUGUCCGCACGCGGCGGAGGAAAAGUCGCUGCCUGGCCGGAGCGUGCGAGCGCGAGUUUGACUGCAAGGAGCUCGAGACUCUCUUCCAGAAGUACAACCUGAAACUUGAGCAGACCGCGACGCUCAAAGCGCUGGCCAUCCUCAUCCUCGCCGCGUUCGCGCUGGCGCUCGUGGAGCUGCUCUCCGCUGGCUCGCGCUUCACCAUGUCCAAGGGCUCGCACCCGGUCCACUGCGUCAUCUUCACCUCACUCUUCAUCGUCACCAACGUCAAAUAUCUGCAGGUCACGCAGCUGCAGCAGAUCGCGCGGCUUGCGCUGCUUUUCAGCUUCACUUUCGCGUUGCUCUGUUGCCCAUUUCCUCUCGUGCUGGGUUACGGGUCGCAGGGCGCGCAGGGGCCUGACGCAUCGAGCGCAACACCUGAGCAAGGGGUCUGGCAGCUGAUGCUCGUUACGUUCGUUGCUUACUCUCUGCUACCUGUCAGGACGCUCUUUGCGGUUUUGUUCGGCAUCCUUGUGGCUGCGUCUCACUUCAUCGUGACGGCGACAUCGGUAACGGCGCGUAGAUCUCGCGUGUGGACACCGCUGGUAGCAAAUGCAGUGUUGCUGGUUGGCGUGAAUCUGUCGGGUGUGUUUGUGCGAGUCCUUACUGAGCGCGCCCAAAGGAAGGCCUUCCUACAAGCCAGAAACUGCAUCCAACAACGCCUGCAACUAGAGGAUGAGAACGAGAAACAGCAGGAUGAGAGCUGGCUGGUCUCUGCUUUGGGAGUAGGACUGGAGAGGUCCUCACCAGUGGAGCAGGCAGAGAAAUAUAGUCCACUGGUCUCCAGCACCCACUCCACAUAUGUAGCGAAGUUAUCCCGAGGACCGAUCCCGGAGAGGCAUGCUUUGGAUCACUCGCUGAGGCUGGAGAUACUCAACAGUAAGACCCAGACUGAUGUCACUUAUCACAUUAGAGCCUUAGCCAGUGUCUACACACCUGUAGCUAGCAAAACAGCUACACAGACUUACCUCUCAGAGUUAAAGGAUAUUGCAAAACAUACUGGCAAAGACUUUACAGCUGUCCUCAGAGAAGAGCUCUCCAUCAUCAGUGAGAGUGUCGAUCUAGAUCAAUCCGAAACCCAAGAUGAAGAUAUAGAACAGAACUCACCUGAUUUUCCAGGGCAAUAUGGCCCUGAGAACGCUGCACAACACCUGACACCUGAAUCUCCUCUUAAAGCAUACUUGGAAAUCUUGGACUCCGCUUUUGGCACUGUCGAGGACGGAGAUGACCUCUUCGCAAAGUAUCUUAACACAAUGCAAGAUAACAGUGAGAAACCCUCAGCUUAUCUACAACGGCUGCAGGUGAUGCUGAACACCUUGACCGGCAUCUUCUCAAACAGUUUGUCAGAGGCUGCUGGGACAACCUCUUGA